CUCACCACCUAAACCCUCCAGCCAAAAACCUCUCCCCUCUGUUUGGAAAGCUCCCAAAAGCAAACAAUGGCGGAUUCUGAGGGGAGAAAACAAAAAGAAGAUGGCUCUGCGAGAAAGGAGAAAAAGAAGAAAGAGGAGAAGAGAAAGCAAAGGCAUUCCGGAGGAGGGGAAGAAGAAGUUCAAGGACCACCUCCUAAAAGGACACGAGAGAAUUCAUCAGACGUGAAUUUUGAACAGAAAUCUCCAUGGGUGAAUUUACAGAUGAUUUUGCUUCUUCAGAACAAACAUAUUGAUGAUUCAAGAAAGCUGGAAACGACAUUUAAGUAUGUGCAGUUUCGAGCUGAUAAUGAAGAAAAAGAAGACGUUAGAACCUCUCGAGCGUUGGAGACAGUUAGCACUUCAAGAUUGAUAGUGUUUGUCAACAACUGGAUUCAGGACUUAUUGAUUUCUUCUGAGAAGAACAUUGGGGAUAAAGGAUAUGACAGGCAGUUGGAAACCUCAGGCUCUUGUCUAGACUAUAGGUGUUGGGUUAUUUUGAAAUUUUGUUUCGAGGAGUCCCUGAAAACAAAUGUAUCAUUGCAAUUGAAAGGAGAAAUGUUGUCGGUUAUUGAUUGCGUAGCUAGGGAUGCCUUGAUCCAGUUGAAUUCUGCUUCAAAAUUGGCUUGUGAAAGCUCGGGCUUCCUUGAUACUGUGCUCAAUUGCGUUUCAAUGGUACUUACAUGCCAUGGCGGAAUUCAAAAUGACAGUCUGGACUUUUGGAUGACGCACUUGGAAAAAGCAUUCGAACUUCUCUGGAAAGUCCGUAAGAAAAAUUUGGAUGACAGUAAGGCAGGGGUCUUAAUCAUUCAGUUCUCAUGUUAUUUGCUCGAGGCAUUUGCUAAAUUUUUGACCGUCCAUCCAGCUUGUAAGAUGAAGUUCCAACGUUUCGUUGAUAGACUUCUUGAGCCACUUAUGAAUCUCUUGGAUGAGUUGCAUCUUCUUCCCUCCAAGAAUAACUCAGGAUGGACAGGAAACUUACUGAAAUUAGUUGAAGAGGUAUUGUCUCAGGGAAUAUUCCACCCGAUUAAUAUUGAUGGAUUUUUGGGUUUGCGUAGUUCAAUCAAGUACAAAGGAGCCCCAGAUAGUGGAAAAUCAAGACAGAAUACGGUUAGAAGUUAUCACAGGCACCUAUUUGAAAAAUUGGAGAAGAUCACGAGUCAGAAUGGACAGCCUGUAGGUGGCGUAGGGGAGUUGCUUCACUUGUUUGUAAAUUGUGUGAAAAAGCAAAACGGUAUUUCAACUAUUGGAGAAAAGGGGUCUAAUGGGUGCACCCUUGAAAGGGGUAAUACGUCAGGUAUUCUGAAUUCUGAAACACGCAACCAACUUUUUGAUUUCUUCAUCCAAAUCACGGAGCAUUUCAUAUCACGUAUCAAUUCAUAUGCUGAAGAAGCUGAAUUGAAUGGCAGGACUUCAUUGUCUGAUGUCCUCUCCAUGUUGAGAUCUGCAAAUAAGUUGCUAGCCAGCUUUAAAGGCGAAAACUUGUAUGUAAGGGUGGAAGAUACUUCUGAAGGGGCUUUCAUCAAUUUCCUGAAGUUUGUAUAUCAAACUAUUAUGUCCUUUUCUGCUAGAAUUAAACACCCAAUGCUAUUGUCCAUCACGUCUGAUUACGGAUUUGAAAAAGAGGUGCUUUUUUCAAUAGCGAAGGAGAUAAUAACUGCUUUGCAUCACUUAAUUGACAUAGGAUAUGAGGUGAUUGGUGAUGAUCUAGAAGGCUUAUGGGUAGUCACCUUGACAUUCACAGCAUGCAGCCGCUCUAUGAUAGAUGUGCCAGAUCAGCACUUUUUGUGUUCAGAAACACUUGAUCUAGGUUGCAGCCUUAUAGACCUCUAUAGUGAACUUCGACAGGUGAACAACUCAAUUUUUGCUCUCUCUAAGGCUGUGAGGCUUUUGGCUUCUGCCCUUGUAGAGAAUGAAUUGUACCGUUCCCAUUCUUACAGUUCAUAUUCUACUUCAUUGAGUGGACUGAUUUGCUCUGCUAAGUUUAGGCUUUCUGUCAGUAAUGCUAUCAAGACCAUCCCAGAAGGGCAAUCAAGCGCUUGCAUUCAUCUACUGACUUCAGAUAUUGCUGAAUCUUUGAAUUGGCUGAAUGCUCAACUUCAAUCUUGUCAUUCAAGUAAUUCGGCAGAACUUUUAGGUAGAAUUUUAGCAGAACUAUACACAUUAAUUCUGGAUUCCGUGAUUGUCACUUCUGGUAAUAGUGUUACAGUUGGUCGUUCAAUAGAAAAAUUAGUGUCCCUAAUUAGCUACAGUUCAACUAGCAAGGAUUCACUCCAGCCUGAUGUUAUGGAAAAGUUUUUCUGCGUGGUUUCUGGAGGAACUCACAGUUGGGGAGCUAGCUUUGAUGAGGAUUCUGUGUUGUGCUGGAUCUUAGUGUUCUUUUUCCGUCUCUAUUUAUCAAGCCGAAGCUUAUACCAAGAAGUAAUCAGCCUUGUGCCUCCAGAUUUAUCUAUAAAAAUGUCAAACACUAUGGGUGUUCAUACAGCUUAUUCCGGGAAAGAUUGGUUGGAGGGAAUAUUUCAGUAUGAAGAAGGCUAUUUUUUUUGGAUUAACAAGCCUUCUGCUACUCUCCUUAGCAUAAUGCACAAUGUUUCAAAUAUUUAUCUGCAAGAAAACCUGGGAACUUGCCCGCCAUUGGUUUACGUUUUGAAUGCCUUAUCCAUUCAGAGGAUUAUUGAUCUAAAUGGGAGGUUGAACUCCUUGGAGUAUUUACUAGCACAAAAAGAUAAAUUGGAGGAUAGCAUGCCAGAUGAUGAUUCUGAAAUAUCAUUGUUGCAGAAGAGAACUAAAAAGUGGAGGAAGUGCCUCUUGAAAAUGAAACAAGAAGCAUCUGGUCUGACCAAGCACAUCAUGCAUUGGCUUUCAUCAUUGAUUAAGAGUUAUCCAGUAUCUGCAUCAUAUAGCAACACGCUUAGAGAAAAUUCAUCAGUUUGUGAACUGCAGCAUAAACAUAAUGCUUCUUGGGAUAUUAGCAUUGGUUCUCUGAAUCUAAGGUCAUUGCAAUCUUCAAUCUGGUGGAUUGCUUGUCAGCAUGUUGAUAUAUGGUGUGGUCAUGCCGAUAAAAGAGACCUUCAGAAUUUUCUUACGUGCUUGAUCGGCAGUGGUCUUUCCUCAGGAAGUCCACAAAUGAAUAAAUGUAGAUCAAAUGGCGAUGAUGAGCUUAGCGACAUGGAAAAUCUUACCAUACAUCACAUCUCACUUGAACUUCUGAGUGACAUUGGGCACUAUGAACAAAGAUUUCUUUGCAGGCAUAUAGUAUCAAGGGUUCGCCGAAUUUUGGAGUCAUCAUUGACAUCUUCUGAUUCUGAGAAGGGCUACCUAAAUUCAAAACCUGAUUGGUCGGAAGUUAUACAAAGCCUUGAAACUGUAUCUAAUGGUGUGUCCAGGGGGAAAAAGCGUGAAAAAACUAAUGAAGCUUUACUGACAAAACUCAGUCCUCUUGGAAUACAAUUUGCUGCUUCUAGGAGCAUCAAUUAUCCGUUGUGUUGUGCUUUGCUUAAUUUCUUGGCUUGGAUGCCUAAAGAUGUUUUAAGCUCAAAAUCUUUCUCAAAAUUGGCAACUUGCACUCUCAAUGUGGAACGGUUUGUGGUUGGCAGUUUGUUACAUCGGCGGAAAAUAUUGUUUGUAGGUGGCCAUGAUGACGAUCUUCUCCAAUUGUUUGUUACUUGUCGGAGGAUCCUUAAGAGUUUAUGUGCUUCAUGUGAUGGGAAGAUGGCUGAAGUUCGGCCUUCACUUAUGCGCGUACUCUCAGAGAGUUCAUCUUCUCUGCUAUGGCUUUUGAACUCGUUAAAUGCAGUUACGGGAAUCCAGACAUCAUCAUCAGAAAAAUGUACUGCUUCCCAAGUGCAAGAUAUGUUAUUUUCAUUGACAAAUCAUACGUCAUAUGUGCUCAUGACAAUAGCAAAAUACCAAUUUCAAUUUGCACGACGGUUUUCCAGGACUGAAUCAAAAGAAAAUUCAUAUUGUUCAAGGGAUGAUGAUUUGCUGAAAAGUUUGACUCUUUUGAGUGAAAUUUUUAGGGAACACAAGAAGGGCUAUUCAAGUGAAAAGUUUGGAGCUGCGGCUGAGCUUCUGAAGUUGAAAAAAUUAACAUCUGUACUGUCUUGUAUUCAAGGCUUCCUUUGGGGAUUAGCUUUUACGCUUGAGAAUACAGGUGCCAGAGAAGAUAACAAUACAGUAAAACUUUCCAAAUGUAACACUGAAUCUCUCAGCCAGGUGAACAGAUUUUUAGAAGAAUGUGCAAAAUCCUUGAUUGAUUUCUUACAUUCAUUGUUUGUUGAGGGUGACCUUAACCAAAGUUCGGAACAUUGUAAGACGACUGACAUCUCAGAAUCUGAUACUGAGGUUGAUGACAACACAAACGCUGUGCCUCAUGAAACUGUUCUGAAACAAAAGCCACAUACAGUAAAUGCUGAUGUUGAUUCUCUUCUGAUCAGUGUUGGAUUAUUUAAUGAGCUGUGCUUGAAGAAGACCAUUUUGCAAGGUCUUCUGAGAGGCGAGAAUCCAGACGUGGCGCUUUUCCUCCAGCAGUUAUUACUUUCUGCUUCAGCAAUUACAAGACUCAAGCUGGAGUUCAAGGAUACUUCCCUGUUGGAAAAUCUGAUACCGAUUCUCUUUGGUAUUUCUAAGGUUUUACUGAUGGAAUUCAACAACAUGGUCUCCAUGCCGCCCCCUUAUUCUUUUGUUUUAUUGGAUGGGGUCGGUAAGUUUCUUGAGGCAUUGGGUUAUUUUUUUUCUUCAUCAAGUCCUACUUUGUCCAGUAAGUUAUUUGUGAAACUAAUUGACUUGCAUCUGAGGUCUAUGGGGAAAUGCAUAGUUUUAGAGGGGAAAAGGGCUACCCUUGCAUCUAAGGAGUUAGAGUCAAAUAUCAAAGAUCCAAUGAAUUUGAUAACCAAUAAUCCUCAGUCCUUUGUAUCGAGCGGAAGUUGUCACUACCUUGGUAGCUUUAAAGCUGGACUGAGGAUGUCAUUUAGGGUUUUGGUCCAGAAAUCACCGGAGUUGUUGUCAUCAGCAAUUCAAGCUACCGAGAGAGCAAUUGUGGGAGUGCAAGAUGGCUGCUUGUCUAACUAUGAAAUAUGCCUGGGCAGUUCCGAUGGUGGUACGGCGACUUCUACAGUUGCUGGUGGCAUUGAUUGUUUGGAUCUGCUUGUGGAACUUGUGGCAGGGCGCAAACGAGUAAAAGAUGCAAAGAAACAUUUUCAAGGCCUGGUUGCUUGUCUCCUCAAUAUUAUCCUACACCUUCAGGGGCCGGACAUUUACUUUGAAACUGUGAAUUGUGAUGGAAUCUGUACUAGUCCAGAUCCUGGGUCAAUGAUACUUGCAUGCAUCGAUAUAUUGAGAAGAGUCCCAGGAAAACAUGCUUUAUUCGAGAUUGAUGCCUCCCAUGUUGGGCAAUUUCUAAAUAUUCCCGGCGCAUUGUUCCAGAAUAUCCUCCAGAUUCAAUUCUUUGAAGCUCACCGUGAACUUGAUUCCUUAGAUCGAAGAUAUUUGUUGGAGUUAUAUGCUGGAUGUUGCCGGCUGCUAUGUUCUGUUGUUAAGCAUUGUGCAAGGGAGACACAGCAUUGCUGUGCCCUUCUCCAAAAUUCAGUUGGUACCCUUCUUCAGUGUUUGGAGAUGGUAAUGAUAAAAAAUUCAGCCAUAAGUCGGGGUAAUGAUUUCACAUGGGGAAUUCAAGAUGGAGUGAAAUGUGCCUGCUCAUUGAGAAGAGUGUACGAAGAAAUACAUCAGAAGAAAGAUUUGAUGGGUCGCUAUUGUCAUCAACUUUUAGCCAGUUACAUAUUGGUCUAUUGUGGAUUUGGUCCUCGUAAAAUGGGCAUCAUAAGAGAAGUAGACGAAGCUUUGAGGCCCGGCAUCUAUGCUUUAAUUGAUGUCUGUUCAGCUGAUGAUCUUCAGCGACUUCACACAGAGUUUGGAGAGGGUCCUUGCAGAAGCACUCUGGCCACAUUGCAGAAUGAUUACAAGUUGUACUUCAAGUAUCAAGGCAAAGUAUGAGAAGGUCUUCUGGCUAUGUAAUAUAGGCCUCCCUGUAGCCUUACACCACACCUGUCGCUUCCGCCACUCCUCCCACGGCUGGCUUGUCAUUCUCGAAGACUCCCAUUCUAUUCUCAUCUUUAAUCGCCUUACUAGAGCCAACCUCAAUCUCCUGACGUAAAAGGAUACUUCACCCCUGAUAAAUUGAUUGUUUGAAUCUUCGCGUUCUCAAACUAAAUGGAACCUAAGUUGAGAGGAUGAAUCAGGAAAAAAUAGAGUGGCGAUGAUUUUUCUUUUUUUGCCUUCUUUUUGAAAAUUAAAAUUGAUUAGGAAGAUUGGAUUUGUAUGCAUAUUGAGUCAUUGAAUCCUGAUUUUAGGGGCUCCGUUGAUGACAACGUGUUGUUGGAGCUAAAAUUUGGGGUUUAGUUAGUAUCCCGGAUUUUAUUUCUCCGUAUAGCUUGUUAUUCAUUCAUCAUCAUGGUGUUAAGGGGUUUACAAUUUUUUUAACCUUCACCGUCUCAAAAUUAUUGUCUAAUUUAGAAUUUCA